AUGGAAAUAAACAAGUUUGGUUCCACACUUGCAUCAGCAUCGCCUGGGCAACCUGGGAGCGAAUUGCAACAUGAGGCAUUGUUUAUGUUCCAAAAAGGAGGGGGUAGAGGAGGAAUUGGAAAGCUGAGUAACAUCCCCACUCCUUAUUUGAAAUCUACAUCCAGAUUUCCAUUCCAUCCAGAGAAGCAGCAUCAGGGGUAUGGGUGACUGACACAACCAAUUACUACUUUGAUUGGUAACUGAAAUCCUAAGACCUUUGUUUGCUGUGUAUUAGAAUGAUUAGGGUUAGGGAGCAUAGCAAUGCAAAGGCCAGUUGCCACCUCUCUUAGAAACAUGGCAUUGCAGCCCCUCCAAAGAAUUAGAAAGACACAGAAGAAAUUGUUUGUAUUCUCCAGAUGCUGCCCCACAGACCAUGCCACUAACAAGAUGACAAAAGGCAUUGUUUUUGUGCCCUGUAUUUAAGUUUUAUUCCCCACCCCCUCCAAAGUGCUCAGGGUGAGGGAUCAGGCCUGGUCUCAUGCUCUGGAGGUGGUCUCCCUUCAUUCUGCUCCUCUAUCCUGAAGGGCUCUGGGAUUGGGGUGGACACAGUUGUGGUUUUCCAGGGAGGAAGGGUCAGACUUAUGCUUGGAAUGUCUGGAAUCAGUAUUUUGGUACCUGGAAAAGGGCAGGCGGCAGCUUACUCAUGCCAAAUAUAAGCAGGAUAUAAAUGUAAGAAAACAACUAGCUAAAUAAAUACUCCCCCUUCAAUGCCAUCUAGGUCUUCAGCUGGUGGGUCAGGACUUCCACCAAUACUUCCACCAUGCAAAUAUAUGGUCAAUGAUGAAGAAAUGGGUCCCCAAAUACAUGUUACUGAAAAGGUUGGAGAUCCCUAUCUAGCCUUUCGUCCAUCAUAGAAUCACAGAACUGUAGAGUUGGGAAGGCCCAUGAGUGUCAUCCAGUCCAACCCCCUGCCAUGCAGGAAUCUUUUACCCAACAUGGUGCUCGAACCCAUGACCCUGAGAUUAAGAGUCCCAUGCUGCACCAACUGAGUUAUCCUAGGUUCAACAAGUCUUGUGGCAGCAAAUUCCACACAUUAAUGGUGAGUGUGCUUUGCUGCCAACAAAUAAGAACAUAAGAACAUAAGAAUCUGUUGGAUCUGGCCAAAGGGCAUCUAGUUCAGCAUUCUGUUCUCACAGUGACCAACCAGAUGCCUGUGGGAAACCUGCAAGCAGGAUCCAAGCACUCUCCUCCCAUGUUUCCAGCAACUGGUAUUCAGCAGGACAUAGUCAUCCUGACUAGUUGUCAUUGAUAGCUUUAUCCUCCUCUGUGAAUUUAUCCAGUCCUCUUUAAAAGCCAUCCAUGUUGGUGGUCAGCACUGCCUCCUGUGGGAGGGAGUUCCAUAGUUAAACUAAGCACUGUUUAUUGGGGCUUUGCUUAAUGCUAUCAACACACAUGAAACUAUUUCCCCAACUCCUGCCUGCUGGUUCCCCUUGCAUGUUUCUUUUGGUGUGUUUUCUACAUGGCUAUUUUGCUAUUAAUCAUCUCUAUUGUUUUCCUUCUGCUGUUUGGGAUCGUGCUACUGUUGCUUGAGCUGCUUGUAAUUAUAUUUUAUGGUUGCAAUUUCAUUCCAUGUUGUUCAUUUUAAAUUGUUCUGAGCUGCCUUGGGGACCUUGUUGUUGAAAGGCAGGCUGGGGGGGCAGUAAAAUCAGGGGUCGAUAACCUUUUUUUUUUUUUUUUUUAAAGUGCAAGGGCCAUAUUUGAUAACCAUCUGAGGGCCAUGUACCAGUGUUGAAUGGGGUUAGAGAAAAAAACUGGGUGGAACAACAGGAGGGACUCUUUGUGCAUUAGGCUAUAAUCCAGCUCCACAACCCCCCCCAAGUUUCUAUACCUACCCCUGCCCCCAUCUUCAUCCAGGAAAGCAAGAGGCUUUGAUCUCACAUUCCAGCCAGGCAAAAGCACUUGAAGAGGGCACAAAGCAGGGGCAGGGAGGCUUGUGACCUGGAGAGAGUGCUAAUGGUCAGAGAGAGAGAGGUCUGGUUGGUGGCAUGUGGCUCCUGGGCUGAGCCUCCCAUUCCUGGUUUAAAUAAACAAAGGCACCCAGACCUCUGGAUUCACCCUCAUUCCCUCAGCCCUUACAGUGCAGGGGCUGCAAAGGGGCUCUUCUCUGUCUGUUGUAGGACUAAAACUCCCAUCAUCCCAUGGUGACUGGGGCUGAUGGGAGUUGGAGUCCAACAAGCUCUUGGGAUGUUGAAUACCGUGGCCUAGGUACAUGCCCUUAAAUCACAUAAACAAGCAGCAAUCUCCAUUCUUUUAGCACUUAUGGUCCUUAUGUGGCCAAAACAGCACCAUCCAGCAAGCCUGGAGAAAACGGCAAGGUUUGAAGAUAGGAUAGGAUAGGAUAGGAUAGGAUAGGAUAGGAUAGGAUAAGAUCCCUCAGAGGAGAACACUCCCCCCUCCCCAAAUAGCCCAAUGUGAACUUAGCAUACUUAGUGGAAAUUGAAUACUGUUUGGGGUGGGGUAGAACGGAGUAGCUGGAACCCUGAGCUGCAACACUCCAUGGUGCAACAUUUUAUUGCAGGUUGGACUUGCAUUCAUUCAUUUACUUUCAUUCCCCAGAGCACUGGUGACACAUACGACUCCCCACUGCAGUGGGCACACUCCAAUGCUGACUUCCAGAGCCAAAGGUGCAGCUCAGCCUGUUAGUUGUCUUUCUGGUAUCUCUAAGCAUCCAGCCAGAGUGCCGGCCAUCAAGAAGCAGUAUGCGUCCAUCAGUGCCAAGUAUAAAGGUGAGCUGUGGGAAGAGAUGGGGCAAGAGAGAGAAAGAGAUGAGGAGUACAGAGGUACCCAUAUCUUUGCCAAUCUGGAUGUGUUCAACAGCAUUGUUGAAAGACCCUCUAUGAGAACAGGAUGCUGGACUCGGUGGCUGGCUGGCUUGAUCCAUCAGGGUUCCUUUUAUGUUCUUGUGGAAACCAAAGAAGGAAACUGAUCUACAUUUCUCAGUCACCAUCACAACUUUCUUCCAAGAGUACUGCUAGCAUGCGAGACAGUGCAUAUUUCCUUGUUAAUAAAUAAUAAUAAAUAAUAAAUUUUAUUUAUAUCCCGCCCUCCCCAGCCGAAGCUGGGCUCAGGGCAGCUAACAACAAUAAAAUAAUACAACAUUCUAAAAUCAUUUCAUUAUAAAAUUAAUUCAAAUCAAAUUGAUGGCAACCAUUGGGCUAGAGUUCUGUGAAGAUUGCCAAAGGAGGGAGUCAGGCUAAUAAUAAUUUUUUUUUCCUUUUGUUUUCCUUUUCCUGUGGCUGGUAUGUCACCACUGCUGUUGUCCUACCAGGGUAACGCUUGUUUAAAGGGGAUGAAGGAAGGGGGUUGGGAAAUUACAGGCAGAGCAUAGGUGGUUGAGUAAAAUGGGAAAUCUUCUCUGGCUUGAAUUAUAGUCCGAGCCACAGAAGAAUUCAGGUGCCUUGUAAUGCUCACUUCCUACUGCAAUGCAAAUAUCCUGGCCCAAGGCUAGCGAGAUUUUACCAGAGGGAGAAGAAAAGUAUGUUGUGGGACUUCCAUCAGCCCCAGCCAGUCUGGUUCAAUGGUCAGAGAUGAUGGGAGUUGGAGUGCAGCAACACCUGGAGAUCAAACACAUCCAUUCUUAAGGAAAUCAGCCCUGAGUGCUCACUGGAAGGACAGAUCGUGAAGCUGAGGCUCCAAUACUUUGGCCACCUCAUGAGAAGAGAAGACUCCCUGGAAAAGACCCUGAUGUUGGGAAAGAUGGAGGACACAAGGAGAAGGGGACAACAGAGGACGAGAUGGUUGGACAGUGUUCUCGAAGCUAGAAACAUGAGUCUGACCAAACUGCGGGAAGCAGUGGAAGACAGAAGUGCCCGGCAUGCUCUGGUCCAUGGGGUCACGAAGAGUCGGACACGACUAAAUGACUAAACAACAACAACAACAACAACAACACCUGGAGAGCUGUAGCUCCACAACCCAAUAUAUUAUUCAAUAUAUUAUUCAACACAAUAUAUUAUUCCAUUUUGCCCUUUUACUAUUACCCAGUGUGGCAGCUCAUAAUCUGCAAAUGCUAAUGGUUCCGGGUUGUCUUCCCAUUAUUUCCCCCCCCCCCUUGUGGUUCUCUUGCAGGGCCAGGACCUGGGAAGUAUGGUAGGCAGCCUCUCACUGGCAUUAAGGACCAUGACUUCACCAAGUAUGCUGAGCCAGCCUACACAAUGCGUGUGAAAUCCAGUGAAAGAUGUAAGAUGCUGACAAGUUAGGUUCUGUGUUAUUUGGGUUUCCCCAACAGUAUUAACUGACCCACAGGGUGAAGCUGGCUAAACAACUGUUAAAUUUGCUGGCAAAACAUUUGAACAGAGAUUGACAACCUGUGUUUUUGGGACUCUCUAAUUAUCGGGGCCACAGUUGAUGGGACCUGGGUGAUCCAUGAUCAAGAGCUGGGUGGCUUUCCAAAGUUUCCAUUCCAACUGGAUCAAUGGCACUGCAUGUAGGUGGCUAAUGUUUCUUGACUACAACUCCCAUCAGCCCCAGUCAGCAUGGUCAAGAAUGAUAGGAGUUGUAGUCCAGCAAGGGCUGGAGGGUCUUAUACUGCUGAUUUAGGGCCCUUCAUGGUAAAAUUAUGGCUGCACCAAAAUCAGGGUUCUCAGUUGUACAGCUGCGGACCUUAGUGGGAAGAGGAUGAUCUACACUUAAGCCAUGUUGAAGGAUAACAGGAAUGGAGGUGCAGGGGGGCGGAGCUUAACAUAUGCACUGCUAUCUAGCUAGUGGGUGCCUUUAAUUGAUAUCGGACAGGAAGUCAGUCAUUGCAACCAAGCUAAAUAGCUCAGAAUCCACACCAUGCCUCAUGCAGAAUUCUUCUUUCCUUUGCAAGUGAUCUCGAUCACGGAGAGUCCUGGGCCCUGCUACUAUGUGGACCCAAGCAUUUCCCGUCUAGGGAUAUGGAGACCAGUUUCAUUCCGCAUGGUGCAAGAGAGAAAGCGGCCAUGUAAGUUGAAAGAUGAGAGAUACUAUGAUGGUCAAGAUGGGGCUGGAGUGGCAUCUGUGCAAUUUUGUGAUGAAAAUGUUUCUUUCUCACCUUGUGCAAAGAAGGCUUGUUGGUCAAUCCCUGAACAUGAAAGAGAAGGAAUGAAAAAGAAUGAGUGUGAGUGAAUGAGCAGGUGUGUUAUGCAUGAAAAUGGAUGUGUGGGAGCAUUAUGUGUGGAGCUGUGCUAUUAAACCACUGAGUCUCUUGGGCUUGCUGAGCAGAAGGUUGGUGGUUCGAAUCCCUGAGACAGGGUGAGCUCCCAUUGCUCUGUUCCAGCUUCUGCCAAUCUAGCAGCUUGAAAGCAUACCUGUGCAAGUGGAUAAAUAGGUACUGCUCCAGGGGGAAGGUAAAUGGCGUUUCCAUGCACUCUGGCUUCUAUCACAGUGUCCCAGUGCACCAGAAUGCUGGCCACAUGACCCAGAAAGCUGUCUGUUCCUUCAGCCUGAAGUGAGAUGAGCGUCACACUGCAUAGACACCUUUGACUAUGUAUGUAAGGUCCUUUACCUUACAUUUACCUUUUACCUUUUACCUGCAUGCAUGUGGAUUUGUGUAUGAAUGACAGAGAGCAGGGGUAGACUUUGGUAAUACAGUUUUCUAAGUGAGGACAAAAUUUGGCACUUCCCCCAAUAUAUUUUAUUUCCACAGUAAUUCCUUUUGGUACAGUUGCUUUUUAAUGGGGUUUCUCAGUAGGUACCCACAUGAAUAUAAGUAUUAAUUAUUAUUAUUAUUAUUAUUAUUACUACUACUACUAUUAUUGCUACUACCAAUAUUAUUACUAGUAUUAUUAUUUUAUGCCCCCUUGGCUCAACACCCUGAGCAGGGGAACAGCCUGCACUGCCCUAGAUCUGGCAUUACAGAGAGAAGCAUAUGAAAAAGAGACAGGUGGCCUCACCCUCUUUUUUUAUCAGCCACACUCACUGUUUGUCCCAGCUCCACUAGUUUGCAAGCUCUGGAAGAUUGACUGCAUGGGAGUGUUGUCCCUAGGCUGUAAAAAUUUAUUCACUCUUUGAUAAAAAAAUUAUUUCUGAGUAGGGGGUGUCAAGAACCAGACAGAAAAACCAGCUAUGUACAGAGACCUUACCUAAGUGGGCUGUUUGAUGUGGGAGAUUGUCUGGGCUGAUAUCAAAGUGUAGUUUAAAAGCGUCUGUGACGCCCAUCCAUCCCUCCAUUCAUUCCGUGUGUGUGUGUGAUCCCUAUUGCUUUCCAGCUAUUGGCCUUGACCGAGUGGGGCUGCUCUGGAUAAAGGGGCAUUCAAGGAACUGGGGGAAAUAUAGUUUUCCUGAUUGGUGUUCCACCAAGUCAACUGGGUUGAAAAACACUUUUUACCAUUAGGGUGUCUAAGUGUCCUACUUUACAAAGGGCAGUCCUCUAGGCAAAGGGUUCUUCCGUGUGCUUUAUAUAUUAAUAGUAACACCUUGAACCUGGCCUGGUAGCAAAUCAGCAGCCAAUGCAGAUCUUUGAGCACAGGUGUUAUAUGCUGACAAGGUCUCACUCCUGCCAGCAAUCAUGUUGCAACAUUCUGGUCAAUCACGCUGGAAGUCUCAUCUUCCUGAUGCCAAGGGACCAUAAGAUGUUGAGCAUGUGGCUGAUGAACGGACAGACAGGAGAGCCACCAAAAACAGAAUAAGGGAAAACAAGAGGGUUAUGUUGCUUUAGAGUCAUAAUCUAGGAAGUAGUCUGGAGGGCACCUAUGGAAUUAACACUUAAUGACAGUGAAUUGCAAGGGAAGAUGUCAUGGAAGAGAUUAAUAGCAGUGCACUCUUAACUCCACAGGUGAUACACUUAGUUAGAAAGGCUGCUAGGAGAGGAGAUUGGAGGACAAUGCCAUGAUUUUAAAAAGUGGGGGGGGGGAUUUUCAGUCAAGGCAAGGAGGAUAGUGCCUCUUCCUCCAACAUCCUCAAAGUCACAACAGUUUACAAAUGAUUCAGCUUAAGAACAAGUAGAAUUCUCAAAUUUAGAGAGAGAAAGAGAGAGAGAAUAUGCAAGGCUUGUCAUCUACAAGGAGGAGCAGAGUAUUGUAGCAAAUACAUGGGGAAUGCUUUUCCCUUUCUUUUGAGAAGCAUCAAUGGCAGAUUAGGAUCUACUAAUAGAUCAAUAAGUGGGAGUUUUUUACUCCUAACAUUAGCAAGUAAAACAGCAACUUAAAAAACAAACAAACCCUGCAUGGCAGAUUGCUCCUUCUCUUUAAGCCUCAAUGUUUCUCAGAUUUUACGUCCAUCAUUCCUGCCUCCUCCUGUGCUCCUGUAGAAUAUGAUGUACCCACAGGUUUAUCCACAUGCUCAACAGUGGGGAGCACCAAGUGAGGGGUGUCACCUAUCUGCUCUUGGCUUGCAGUUAUAUCUUGUACGCCUGCCCCAAAUGAGUAUUACGUGGAGAAGAUACACCCACUUGAAGAGUCGAAUGCACCAGCGUACACUAUGGGCCUUCGAACGCACUACUGGGUGAGCAGCCCAAACCCAGCACCCAACCAAUACACCCUUCCACAGACACUGGGUCCAAAGCUGCCUGUCAAACCUGCAGCUCCCUGCCUCUCAAUGGCAUCCAGUGCCUCUGUGUGGGGCUAUGCUAAAGACCUGGUGAGAGGGCCUGGCCCGGCAAUGUAUACCAUACCUGAACCAGAUGUUUACCUGUGCCACCAGCCAUCCUACAGCAUCUCCCAAAGGUUUGCUUCCUCCAGCAAGAACUAUACGCCAGGACCCCCUGACUACAAUGCAGAGCUGGUCACCGCCGACAAACCCAGAGCCCCACGGUUCAGUCUUGGGAUUCGUCACUCUGAGUAUUCUCAUGGCACACCUCCAGUUUGUUUACUCAAAGAGUGAGGGAGGACUCACAGGCCACAGAGGUGACUUGCCCCUUUGGGUAGACCCACCUCCAAAUAAUUCCAUUGUGACACAGUGUCAGGAAGCAGGUGUAAAUAGCUUGUUUCAGAGGGAGAGAUUCUGAUGAACUUUGAACACGUUUGGGCUAUGCCAGGGUCAGGUAAUUGGGGAGGGGGACUAGAUAGCUCUUGACUUAGGAAAGCCCUCCUUUGUGAGACAGGGGGUCUGCCUUGGUUCUUGGCAAAAUCCUUUCUCUAUUCUUCCUCCUUCCAGUGUGCAUUACUAGUGUUUUAUUUUUAUUUCUAAGGAACUGGCUAGCAUAGGGUGAAGUGUUUCUCACCCCAGCACUUAAUUCGCUUUCUGUUGCAGAAGAUUAUUGGGAAGAAGGCUAAGAUGCUCUUUUUGCUCAUAUAAGAAACAGUUUUAUAAUUUUAUAAGUAUUACCUUUUUUUUUUUACAAAGCUCCAUAUAUAUUUAUUUUUCUUGCUACUAUUCUAUUUACACUGAGAAUGAAAUGCAAAAUGAGAGAGCUGUUUUUAAUAUUGUGUUUUACCAGUGUAUAUUGAAGAGCCUUCCAAAGAGUGAAUUUAUAGGGCAGUCUAUGUAACUUGCUUACAUGUUACUUGCUUUGCGUAAGU